UGUAACGUGUAACGAUGAUAUUUAUUCAAUUGCAUGGUAUAACCAAAAACACUAUUCGACUCUUCUUUUUUUUGUAAUAAAAAUAAAAUAAAAAUCGGAGACAGAUAUUUCACCGGAAAUUAAUUGACGAUCAAAAGAUUUGUUACCGGAAAAUCUAGUGGAGACGAUCGAGUUAUGGCGGAUAUUUGUUACGAAGACGAGACGUCUGCUUGUGAAUCGAGACCGUCGUGGUCUAGCCGGAAGUGGAGGAUCGGUGUUCAGCGAUUCAGGAUGUCUCCGUCGGAGAUAAAUCCCACGGCUUCGACGGCGGAGGAGGAGGAGGAUAAGAAAUCUGAGGGGAUUUAUAAUAAGCGAAAUAAACAAGAAGAGUACGAUUUUAUGAACUGUGCAUCAUCAUCACCACCACCUUCUCAGAGCUCUCCUGAAGAGAGUGACGUCUCCGUCUCCGAUGGAAAUUCAUCGGUUAAUGAUAUUACACUUAUUCCUGCUAAGAAGACGGUUAAAGAGACGGAUCUGAGGCCGAGAUACGGCUUCGCAUCGGUGUGCGGGAGAAGAAGAGAUAUGGAAGAUGCGGUGGCGAUUCAUCCGUCUUUUGUACGGAGACAAACGGAGUUUUCUCGAACAAGAUGGCAUUAUUUUGGUGUUUACGACGGCCACGGCUGUUCUCACGUUGCGUUGAGGUGUAAAGAGAGACUUCACGAGCUAGUGCAAGAAGAAGCUCUCUCGGAUAAGAAAGAAGAAUGGAAGAAGACGAUGGAGCGUAGCUUCACGCGCUUGGACAAGGAGGUUGUUCGUUGGGGUGAAACUGUGAUGAGUGCUAAUUGCAGAUGUGAGCUUCAAACUCCUGACUGUGACGCCGUUGGAUCCACCGCAGUUGUUUCCGUCAUUACGCCGGAGAAGAUUAUUGUUGCGAAUUGUGGUGACUCAAGAGCAGUACUUUGUAGGAAUGGUAAAGCAGUGCCUCUUUCCAUAGAUCACAAGCCGGAUCGUCCGGAUGAGCUGGAUCGAAUCCAAGAAGCAGGAGGACGAGUGAUAUACUGGGACGGUGCAAGAGUCUUAGGCGUUUUAGCCAUGUCACGAGCCAUAGGAGACAACUAUUUAAAACCGUACGUGACUUCCGAACCGGAAGUGACCGUGACGGAUCGGACUGAGGAAGAUGAGUUUCUGAUUCUAGCAAGCGACGGGUUAUGGGACGUAGUGACAAACGAGGCGGCGUGUUCGAUGGUUCACACGUGCUUGAACAGAAAAAGUGGUCGUGGAAGACGGCGAGGAGAAACUCAAACACAAACUCCGGGAACCAGGAGUGAAGAAGAGGAGGAGAAGGUGGUGGGGUCAAGAAAGAACGGGAAGAAAGGAGAGAUCACGGACAAAGCAUGUACGGAGGCGUCAGUAUUGCUGACGAAGCUGGCGUUGGCAAAACACAGUAGUGACAACGUAAGCGUCGUCGUUAUUAAUCUCAGAAGAAGAAGAAAGAGACACGUUGCUUGACACUAAUCUCAUCAUCACUCUUACUCCAACUUUUUUGUUUGUUUAAAAUGAUUCUUUUUUCUUCACAUCUUUGAACCCAAAAGAGAGAAAAAAAAAUGGGUGAAUUAAAUCAAUAACCAUUUCUGAUAAAAUAUUUAAGAAUAUAGCACUAUAACUUGAAAAAUUAAGAGAAUAGUACAUGGGCUUUGUUAAUGACGAUUUUAACCUCACCUUCCACUCCAAUACCAACACCAACUUUGCCAUCGUCUUCAUCACUAAAACAUUAAUCCUUUCCGUCGCCGUCAUUAUAACCUCUACUCACGUUGCCCUCACCACCAACCCUCGUCGCCACCAUCAACUUUCGUCGCCGUUAUCACCAACGUAACCACCGAGCCAUCAUCAUCACCAAUAACUCAUAGCCAAUUCUCUUGUCGGAUUUGUCCCCGUCGAACCUAUUUCUCUCUCUGCCAAUCUAUCGAUAUUCCGGCCAUGAUGAACUCUCCAGCGCGAAUAUAAUUGUCGGCAUAUGAUUUUGUUGGUGAUUGUCCAAGAUCGCGGCCGGAUUUUCUACAAUACUGGCGUCGGUGAUGGAGGUGACUGUAACUCCGACGAAUUGAUUGGUUUUGUCUUAGGGUCAAUUUAUGUCAAAAAUACAGGAAAUACACACAAUAUCAUUGGACUUUUUUUUUUGAUUAGUUACCUAAUUAUAAUAUUUUUGUA